UUUGGGGACAUAUAUAAUGUCGUGUUUUCUCUGUUGCUAUCGCCAGCUGUGGCGCUUCAGAAGAAGUCGAUGUCUGAGUCCGGAGCCACUGAGAAGUCGGAAAAACGGCGUCGUAUGAACGCCGAGCGGUCUGCGUACUUUGCUAGGAGAGAAGCUGCUAAGGUCUUGCGAGUCGUUCUGCUAGGGGACGCUCGGCGCCAAGCCGUCGGCUCUAUCAAGUCGCUGGUCUAUAGUCCUUCUGUAAAGAACAAGAAGGGAACCUUCGCUCUGGUCUGUCAAACCCUCAAGCAUCUUUUAAUUAUCAAGGAGGUGUUAGAGGCUGCUAGUGUACUUAAUAGCAAAUGGAAGAAGCAAGAGGAAUUAAUCUAUGUCAUCACGUACGAUAUUCUUUUUGGGCAGGCAGUUUUAUCAACUGGUGAUGCGGAGAAGUUUCUAUGGGGUCGAAGAGAUGCUUUGAAGUCAGCUCUUGCAUCCCUUUUGAAGAGGAAGCAAGUGAAGAGUGUCCAAGAGUUGGUAUCUCUCUAUGAAACUCCUGGUGUUUCGAAACCGCGUUAUGUACGUGUAAAUACUCUGAAAGUAGAUGUAGAAUCCGCCGUUCUUGAAUUGGAAAAGCAAUAUAUGGUGCAAAAGGAUGAUUUGGUUCCUGACUUAUUGGUUCUUCCACCGGGUAGUGAUUUGCAUGAUCAUCAUUUAGUCAUGAAUGGAAGUAUCUUUAUGCAAGGCAAGGCAAGUUCUAUGGUGGCAGCAGCCCUUAGUCCCAAACCAGGAUGGGAGGUUCUUGAUGCAUGUUCAGCUCCUGGGAACAAAACUGUUCAACUUGCCGCUAUCAUGAGAGGAAAGGGAAAAAUUUUAGCUUGUGAGCUGAAUAAAGAAAGGGUUAAACGUUUAAAAGAUACUAUCAGACUCUCUGGUGCCUCUAAUAUACAAGUUUUGCAUGGAGAUUUUUUAAAAUUAAGCUCAGUUGACCCUUCAUAUUCCAAGGUCCGAGCUAUUCUAUUAGAUCCUUCAUGUUCUGGAUCUGGGACUGCUUCUGUGAGAUUAGACCAUUUGCUUCCAUCUUAUGCUUCAGGUCAUUCAGCCAAUGCUGCUGAUGAAGAAAGAUUGAAGAAGCUUGCAGCUUUCCAGAGAAAGGCUCUAGAACAUGCUUUGUCUUUUCCAGGAGUACAGAGGAUAGUCUACAGCACCUGCUCCGUACACCAAAUCGAGAACGAGGACGUGGUCCAAUCGGUUUUACCUCUCGCUGCAUCCUAUGGGUUUCACUUGGAAACUCCAUUCCCCCAGUGGCAACGCCGUGGUCUUCCAGUUUUUGAUGGCUCUGAAAAUUUGCUGCGCACCGAUCCGGUUGAGGACAAAGAAGGAUUCUUUAUUGCUCUAUUUGUCCGGAAGAUCUCAGACACUAUCCAAGACAGCGUAAUCGCCACCAAGAAACAGUUUAUGGUUCGCCCUUCCCCUUCUAAAUUGUUUAAAUUUUGGUUAAAAGUGAAGCCAAAUUGGGGGAAAAGAUUGUCUUCGAGACGCAAGAGAUGUAAGACAGUAAAGUAGUUUUCUUUUUCUUUUUUAAUUUAUAAUAAAAUCUCUAAUUAUUUUUUUUUA